GAAUUUGGUUAAACUUAGAUGUAUUUUUGCCAUUAAAAAAGGAAUAGAAAAAGAAAUACAGUUUUGAUCGGAGUCGCACUUAGCUUAACCGACCGAAUAAAGCAUAAUCACGCCGGUAAACGCAGCCGGAGUUGACCGGCGUCCGCCAGAAACAGCUCAAUGGACAGUGUUGUUGAUUCUCUAAACAACACCUAUCUUGAUUUUGUUGCUGCAGCAGCAACUGUGCUUGAAGCCAGAGAAAAUUCCACUGCCAUUAAAUCCACAGCAACUGAUACAGCUCUUGAAAGCUUUAAGCAAAAAUGGGAAUUGUUUAGAGUUGCAUGUGAUCAAGCUGAGGAGUUUGUGGAAUCUGUGAAGCAAAGGAUAGGAUCAGAGUGUUUAGUGGAUGAGGCUACAGGGCAUGUUGCAGGAAAGCCCGGACAAGCUACCCUGACUGGUCUUCCACCGAUAAGUGCUGUUCGCUUGGAACAGAUGAGUAAAGCGGUUCGGUGGCUUGUGAUUGAACUGCAGCAUGGUUCUGGAGCUGGUUCUUCUAAUUCAGCUAUUUCCCAUCCUUCAGCCCCUUUUGAUGCCAGGUUUUCUGAAGAUGCUGCUCAGUAGUACUAACUUAAUAGUGAUUCUGUUAAUAUUUUUUAUGCCUUGGAUUUAUGUUUCACUACUCCAAAUGCACUUGGCUUUACUGAUUUAUUUGUCGUAUUCUACCCAAUUAGUUGAUUUAUGUUAAAGGAUGUAGCUUAUGUGCACAGUGCAUGACACAACACUUCACUACUAAGUUUUACGUUAGUGAUGCUUGACGAUUUACUGUUUAUAUCCGACAAAAUGAUUGUGCUAUAGAUCUAAUUACAUAACUGAAGAUGGGUUAGUGUAAGGUAAGGUUUGACCUACCCUUUUGUUAAUACCAUAUAUAAGCAGUUAUCUAAGGUUUACCUAGGUUUGUUUUAA